ACCUCCCCUUGACUCUCGCAGUCAUCGUCCCACUUCACCUCCUCCUUAGUCCUUUGUCAGGCAGAAACCAGCAAAGAUGGGUGGCGGAGACUUGAACAUGAAGAAGAGCUGGCACCCGCUCCUCCUGAAGAAUCAGGAGCGGGUGUGGCUUGAGGAGAAGAAGGCGCUGGAGGAGAAGAAGAAACUCGACCAGCUGCGCAAGGAGAAGGAGGAGGAGCGGCAGCUGCAGGAGCUCCAGCGAAUGCAGGAAGAACAGACGGGGAAGAAACGACAAGAAAAGCUGGAGUGGAUGUACGCGACGCCAGCGGCGGGCAGCACGCAGAAUCCGAACGACCUGGAGGAUUACUUGCUGGGCAAGAAGCGCGUGGAUAAGCUCCUCAUCGGUGAUGAGAAUGACAAGCUCGGCGCCGCUCACAAGAACUUCAUCGCCGUCCAGAAUGCGAACACUGCACGCGACAUCGCCAGCAAGAUCCGCGAGGACCCUCUGCUUGCCAUCAAAAGGCAGGAGCAAGCUGCUUACGAAGCCCUCAUGAACAAUCCUCUCCGUCUCCGCGAGAUGCAGGAACGCGCUGGCGUUAAGGUUAAGAAAGACAAGUCAGAGCGCAAGAGGGAGAAGGAAGAGAAGAAGCGGCUAAAGCACGAGAGCAAGCACUCCCAUCAUGACAAGGAUCGUCGCUCUCACUCGCGCAGCUACGAUGAUGACCGUCGCCGGAGUCGCUCUCCUGAUUAUCGUCGUCGUUCACCCAGCCCUUACCGCGAUGACCGCCGUUCGAGCUAUCCCGCGAGGCGCGGGAGGUACAGCCCGAGCCCUGAUCGUCGUGGCUCUCGCCGGCGCAGCGUCUCGCCCGACUACAAAGGGAAGGGUAAGGCUGUCGACCGCAGACCGCAAUGGCCCCGCUCGGACGAGUCUUCGGAGGAGGAUAGGUAUGGACGUCGCAACAGGAGUCUGUCUCCUCGCCGCGACCGUGUCAUCAAGCGCGAGCGUAGCGAAAGUGUUGUGGGCCGCGAGCCACUGCCGAAGCGCUCGCGUCGCUCGCCAUCUCCCAUGCGUAGGCCGCCUUCGCCACGUCGCGGGUCCCCUCCUCCACGCCGUGCCUCUUCGUCACACCGCCGGGCAGCUUCUCCGCCCAGGCGCUCUCCACCUGCUGGCAACCCGAGCGCGUCAAAGCUUGACGCAGACCGCGCUGCGCGCCUCGCUGCGAUGUCCUCCAACGCCAACACCAUGUCGAAGGAGCGACAGGAGCGUCUCGCCGCGCUCCUUGAGAAGGAGAAGGCGGAGCUGGCUGCAGACGAAGAGGCACGGAAGAAGAACCAGGGGAUGGCGAGCUUCUUGAACUCAGACUCAAAGAAGGCGUUCGGAGGCUCGUUAGAGGACAGGAUCCGGAGGGGCCGUGGUGGAAUGGUAGUGGAUAGGGAUUAGGUGUAAUGAAUGGGUCUGUCGCAAGUCUAGAGCGAAUCCUCUACGUACGUUCAUUGUGUACAAUGUCUCUCGUUGUCUGGUUCCUGUGUAUUCAGUUGCUCUGUGGACCGUAGCCCACGCCGAAGAGCGCCUAUCGGCGCAGCUGUCGGCAGUUACCGAGUUCGUGUG